CAAUCUGCGGUGAAGCUUUUUAGUUUUCACCGAUAUUGUUAUUAAAUUAUUAUGUUGUUAAUAUUGUUUAUUAUAAAAAAAUAGUUAUUAUCUACUUUAUAAUGUAAAUAGUAUUCGUCGUGAUAGUUAUUAUUAUGAUAAAUAAUCACAGUGUCCACCUAGCACCUUCUUGACUCUACGGCUAGUAGCUAGUGUUAUACUAAAGUUUAAGCCCACCACGUAGUACGUUUUGUUUUCGUUCACAUUGGUAAAAAAAAAAAUGCUGUCGUUAAUAGAUCCUCGCUUUGAAUGUUCUAUUUGCCUUAAUUGUCUAAAAGAUCCAAUGCUGACAAGAUGUGGACAUCGAUUUUGUUCUGAGUGUAUAAGUACAUGGCUUAAACGUAAAAGUCAAAUCUGUCCAAUUGAUUUAUUACCGCUUACUGUAGAAGGUUUGUUUCCUGAUAACUACACAAAACGAGAAAUAGAUGAGCAAAAAGUUGCUUGUUUAAAUACUGGUUGUAAUGUAACAAUACCAUUGUUGGAAGCUGAUCAACAUUAUGCCUCAUGUGGAUUUAGUAAAAAUCAAGUAAAUGGAGUUUCUGAUAAUCUCUGCCCAUUUCAUUUAAUUGGAUGUAAAGAUACGAUAAAAGAUAAAAAUGAAUUAUCAAACCAUCUCGUUAUGAGUGUGCAUCGACAUGUUACUCUACUUACAAAAUCUCAUAUUGAUUUUAUGAAUAAAUUUCAAAUCAGAGAUGGUGCACGUUCUAAAGCUUUAGAAGCUACACAACUGUGGGAUGCAAACAAAGAUCCUAAUUCUGAAAAAGCUUUACUUUGUAAUUUAUAUGAAAGAAUAGUUGUAUUGGAACAAAGUAAUAUUGAGAAAGAUAAAGAUAUAGAACGUCUGAAUGAAAAAACUGCUAUCAAGGAUAAAGAUAUUGAACGACUCAGUCAAAUGGUUAAUAAUUUAAUCAUAGAGUUUGCACAAUCUCAAAAUGCAAUAUCAUUAAUUACAUGUAAUGGUGUGUAUAUAUGGAGAUUUGAAAAUUUUAUGGAGUCUUUAAAAUUAAUGAGAGAAAAACCAUUACAAACACGAUACUAUACUCCAGGAUUCUAUACAUCUUCUACUGGAUACAAAGUAUGUGGUCGAAUAAAUAUGUCAUCGGACAAUCGUAAUCUUUCUUUAUUUAUUCACAUGAUGCGUGGUGAUUAUGAUGAUACUUUAAUUUGGCCAUUUUCUGGUCAUAUUACUUUAUCUUUAAUCCAUCCAACAAAUCCAAUACAAACCAUUUGCUUAAAAAUGGAAUCAUCAGCUGAAUCUGAAGCAUUUAGAAGAUGUUCUUUCGGAAAUAAUGGUAAUGAGGUUCCUUCUUUAAAUCCAAGAGCUUUUGGUUAUACUGAAUUUGUUGCCAUUGAUGAAGUUCUUCAAAAUGGGUUUAUUAAAAAUGACUCAAUUGUGAUUAAAAUAAUUGUUGAAUGUAUUUAACUUUUGAUCUCUCAAGUAAAACUAAUGUUGUACCACGCUUUUAAAAAUAUUAUAUGUAACUAUAUCCGUCCAUAUAUAAGUUUAUUUUAGAACCG